AUGGGAUCAGUACCACAUGCGCAGGACGCCCCUACCGUCAGAGUAUUUAUUGCUGGUGGUUCAUAUGCAGGAUUAUCUGCGGCGGUGAAUCUGCUUGACCUCGGGCAAGGUCUCUCGCCACGUAUGUUCCAGCAGCCAUACGAGCACCAUCCCGACCUGCCACGAGUUAACUGGGAUAUUACUAUUGUUGACGAGAGGGACGGCUUUUAUCAUUUGAUUGGCUCACCUCUCGCUCUGGCCGACGCAGAAUACGCAAAGAAGGCUUGGAUAAAAUUUCAGGAUCUUCCUGGCCUGCAGACUCCCCAGGUCAAGUUUAUUCAAGGCUCCGUAUCAAGUGUGGACUGUGAAGCAAAGAGGACCACCACCAUUGACAACACCACCAAAUUGCCUACUACGCACGAGUAUGACUACUUCAUUGCGGCUACCGGUCUUCGGAGAGUAUGGCCUGUGGUUCCCCAGUCCUUGACUCGGAAGCAGUAUCUUCUCGAGGCUGAGGAGCACAUUCAUGCUGUGGCUAAUGCCCAGCAUGGAGUUGUUGUGGUAGGAGGUGGAGCUGUCGGCAUUGAGAUGGCAGCUGAGCUCAAGCUGGUCGAACCUAAUGUCAAAGUAUUCCUUAUUCAUUCACGGGAAAAGCUGCUAUCAUCCGAGAACCUCUCAGACGAGUGUAAAGACAAGGCUUUGGAACUGCUGAAGGAGUCUGGCGUCGAGGUGCUACUGAACCACAGACUUGCCACCACGACAAAAGCUGAGACUACCGACGGAUCAUCCAAGUACGAGCUCGAGUUUACCAAUGGACAUAAGAUGGCUGCCAGUGAGGUUAUCAUGGCGGUGUCCAAGAGCAAGUCAACCGCAACAUAUCUCCCAUCAUCGGCACUGGAUGAGGAGGGUUAUGUUAAGAUCGAGAAGAAGUUGCUCAACUUUUACCCCUGGCACCCCGAAUGCGAGUUCCACCUCUGUGCCGGAGACCUGACCAAGUGGUCAGGUAUCAAGCGCUGCGGCUGGGCUAUGCACAGUGGCCAUUACGCUGCCCAAAAUAUCCACAAGUUCAUCUUGCAGAAGCAUGUGGGCCAGGAACCUAAGUUUAUGGAAUUCCAGGAAGUGCCGCCCAUGAUUGGUUUGGCCGUUGGCAAAAAGGCUGUUGCUUCUGGCCCAGAAGGCACAGCUGCCGGAGAGGAUAUCAUGCAAGCGUAUUUUAAACACGACCUUGGAUUUACAAUUUGCUGGGACUGGAUGGGACUUGCGGGACGAAAGCCGGAAGAGCAGACUGCCUAA